AGAGAGAGAGAGAAGUAGAGCUACAAGUAACACAAAGGAGUUAACUAGAGAGAGAGAGAGAGAUUGGUGUAGGGGGGGUGGGGGGAGUAGUGGGGAGGUGGAGAGUGAUGCGAACAGGGGCUUGCACAAUCCAACAGGCCCUCACAGCAGAGGCAGCCACAGUGCUGAAGCUGUCCCUGAACUUAGCAAGGAGGAGAGGCCAUGCACAAGUGACACCUCUCCACGUAGCCGCCACCCUCCUCACCUCCUCUGCCUCUUCUUCUUCUUCCUCCUCCUCUUCCUCUUCUCCAUUUCCUUCCUCCAAUCUACUCAGAAGAGCUUGUCUCAAAUCACACCCCCACCACCCUGCUUCUCACCCUCUCCAGUGCAGAGCCCUCGAGCUCUGCUUCAAUGUCGCACUCAAUAGACUCCCCACAACCCCACCACCCCCCUCCUCCUCCACUUCCUCUUGCUCCUCUACCACCACCACUGCUGCUGCUACUAACUCUCUCAUCCACUCCCACCCAACUCUCUCCAAUGCUCUCAUCGCUGCUCUCAAGAGAGCUCAAGCCCACCAAAGAAGAGGCUGCAUUGAGCUGCAGCAGCAGCAGCAGCAGCAGCAGCUGUCGCCGCAGUCGCCACAGCCGCUCUUGGCCAUCAAAGUGGAGCUCGAGCAGCUCAUCAUCUCCAUCUUGGAUGACCCGAGCGUGAGCAGAGUGAUGAGGGAGGCUGGUUUCUCCAGCACCUCUGUUAAGAGCAACUUCGAAGAACAGAGCUCCUCCUCCUCCUCCUCUGUUUCCCUCACCUCAUCAUCAUCUCCCCCGUUCUACUUUGAUCCCCAGGGAUGUUUCUGGCAAACCCAGUUCCUGAAACCCAGCUCUGAACCAAACAACCCAGCAAACCACCACUAUUUGUCACAGAGUGAGGAUCUGCGGCUGCUUUUGGAGGUGUUGGUGAGGAAGCAGGGGAGGAGGAGGAGGAGGAGUGUGGUGGUGGUGGGGGACUCUGCUCCCACCAAUGAGAGCCUUGUGAGUGAGCUGAUGAGGAGGGUGGAGAGAGGGGAUGUUCCAAAUGAGCUCAAACCCUGCUGCUUCAUCAAGUUCCAACUCUCCUAUCUCCAUUUGAGGCUAAUGAGCAGAGGAGAUGUGGACACAAAGGUGAGUGAGCUCAAGAGGAAGGUGCUUAGCUCCUCAGCUUUAGUAGAGAAGGGGGGGAGUGGUGGUGGUGGAUGUGUGAUCAUAUAUGUUGGGGAUUUGAGGUGGGUGGUUGAUGGUGAAGCAAAGGAUGGGGAGUGGGGUGGAGUGGAGUACAUGGUUGAGGAGGUUGGGAGGAUGCUGGGGGAGGUGAACAAUGGCUCACCCAACAAUGUACCCAGCAACAGGGUGUGGGUGUUGGCCACUUCAUGCUACAGCACAUACAUGAGGUGUCAAAUGAGGAAGCACUCAUUGGAGGCACAGUGGGCCCUACAAGCUGUGAUGGUUCCCUCAGGUGGGCUUGCAUUGAGCCUACAAGCUCCAACAAGUGGUUUGGACUCAAGGGUGACAAAAAUAGCUCAGUAUCCCUUCCAAAUGCUGGAGCCGCAGGCUUUUAGCCCCAGCAAGGAGGAAGAAGAUAAGCUCACCUGCUGUGUUGAAUGCAGCAGCAACUAUGAGAAAGAAGCUUCAUCCUACAGCCCAGAAGCCAAAAGCACUAACUUUGCCUCUACCACUUUGCCUCUUUGGUUGCAACCACUUAACAAGGAUAACUUGGUUGAAUUGAGGAGGAAAUGGAAUAGAUUAUGUCAGAGAAUCCAUCAUGGUCAAAACAACAGGAUUCAUCCACUCCCUUCUCUGUUUAACCAAGGCCUAACUGGGAAGAGCUUCGCUGCUUAUGCUUCCUCGCAUCCAUGGCGGCGGCUCGGUGACUCGCAGAACAAACAAAACAAGCCAUUUACUGAGCCAUGUUUGCUGAGCUUUGAUAAUACCCAGGAGGUGGGAUUAAGCUCCCUCAAGAAGCCCGAAAACCAGGAAGUGAAAACAGCUUUGGUGUUGGGCACUCCGCUUUUCUCGGAUUCGGCGACUUCGCUUGAGGCGAACAAGAGGGGAGGGAUCGGAGACCUGCGGGAACUGGAGAGGCGAUUGAAGGAGAACAUCUUUUGGCAGUUGGGCGCCGUUAGUUCGAUCGUCGAGGCUCUCGUCGAUUGUGAUGCUGGCGAGAGGAAGGGCACUUGGUUUCUGAUGCGAGGGAACGAUCGCGUCGCCAAGAGAAGGGCGGCGAUGGUGAUCGCGGAGUCCUGGUGCGGAUCGAUCGAUGGUUUAGUUUGCGUAAACGUGAGGGAAUCGGCGAGAAGAGGGAGUUCAUGCUCCGAGAUCCUCUCGGAAGCCCUGAAGAAAGACGAGAAAUGCGUGAUCUUGAUCGAGGGCAUAGAUCGAGCGGAUACCAAUUUCGCGAACUCUUUAGUAGAUGGCCUAAAAAUCGGAUCUUUUGUGGACCCAUUGGGGAGAGAAUUAGCUCUAUCGAAUUCGAUCAUCAUUCUCGCUACUUCUAGCGGCGAAGAACAGGAGAGCAAUGUGCUCGCGAUGAGGAUGUGGGUCGAAGAGCAAUUGCCAGUCGGUGAUCUCAAAAGGAAGGCUCCGACCGAAUUGCCGAACAAAUCCAAGAAACCGAGAAUCGAAAAGAACGGUUUCGAUCUGAACGUUUGCUUCGAGGAGGAGGACGACGACGAGGGAAAUGGCGAGAAGGCGAACGAGGGGGUUAACGAAGAAGAGGAGGACGCCGUCCCGAGCGAUCUCACCCACGAAGGAGGGGAUACUACGAACACCAAUCUCCCGCACGGAAUACUCGAAUCGGUCGCCGCCUCGUUCACCUUCGAAGCAGGGCCCGACUCGUUCCGACUCAUCUCCGACCACAUCGUAUCGAAGCUCAACCAAGCUUUCGACAGGACCGGCGACCGAGCGAAUGGCCUUCAUGUAGAGGAAACAGUGGUGGAGGGGAUGGUAAGAGCUUCUGGGUAUUUCCUGGAGAGUUUGUAUGAGAGGUGGGUGAGAGAGGUUUUUCAAACUGGUUUGGCAACGGUCAAAAAGGGCGGGGAAGGGGGGGUGAGGCUAGGGUUUGAGGGUAAAGAGGUAAAUUCAGGGGAGUUAGGGUUCCAGGGAUCAGUUCUACCCAGUAGGAUUCAUGUGGACUGAACACUAAUCUCGAUCAUCUGUCCCCUGUCACCAUGCAUCAUCCCUUGUAAAAUAUUAGAUUUUCCAAAAAUGCCAUUAUGUACUCUUUUUUUUUCUUAAUCUCUUUGCUUUUUUUCAUUUAUGAUCGUCGUCAUCAUCACCAUCACCAUCACCAUCAUUGUUGUUGUCCUCGCAAUCUCAACCAGAGUCCAACUUGUUUAUGUUAGUGUGGUUUCGAUUGGAUCGUGAUUCGUUCACGGAGUGAAUCAUAAUCAGAGUCGAGCCAAUCUAACCCCGUCAUUAUUAAUAAUAAGUCAAUAUUUACAUGGACAUUUAUUCUUAGGUUAGUGUCCUUAGAUACGUGUUAAGAAGCAUCUAAUAGAGGAUAAAGGUAUAAAAAAGGAGUUUCUGAGAGUAGGAUAUACUUAAAACUGCAUAACUAUUCAAAACAAUAAUUUUUUUAUACCAUAUCAUGAGCUGGUAUUAUCCCCUUGUCAAUGUAUCUAAAUAAUUGUCUAUCUAUUAUUGUUAUUAUUAUUAUUAUCAAAAGUAGCUGGUGUUGUUUUCCUUCUGUUUUUUUUUUUUUUUUUUUUGGUCUGUGGAGAGAGGACAUGAGAGGGGACAAACUCUGGCCAUCUUUUGUUCUCCCUUUUGUUUGGAGGCACUUUGCAUGCACGCUAGAAAAGUCAUUGGAAGAAGGGGGAAUAAAAAAUAACCCAAGAUAAAAAAGAAGAAGACAUGCUCACUUGUAUUCAGAUUGGUGAAAAAAGAAAAGCCUGGGUUGGGUUGGGAUGAGUGACCAAUGAAGCUUUUUGGAGUUAACACCUUUUUUGAGUCCAUUAUUGUACAUAUAUACAUAGCAUUCAUUGUUUUGCUUCAGAGAAGGAGAAGUGUUGGGUUCAUGGGUCCAUGAGAUGGUUUAAGUGACUCCUUGGUUUUAGGAUUCCAAGGAGGAAUCCAACAAAUGGGUAUGAUUGGAAGUUGUUCAAGCUAUUUACUUUUUGGGGUUUCACUUUAGGGGUUUUUAUUUUCUAAUAAUGACACAGGGUGAGAGGUGCUAUCAUAGUCAUAGAACUUCAAAAAUAAAAAGCCUAUAUAUAUCCAUUGUUACUAAAUAAUCAUCUCUUUUCUACUAGCUGGACAAAUUGAAACUUACUUAAUACCAUCUAAAAUCAAACAACUAUGAUUAGCACAUCACAUGGGAGUCUAAUAGGUUCCAUUCUAAAGCCACAUUCAUAAAAGCAUAGUUUGGUAGGAACACACAAGUCCACUACAUAACCCAUAAGAAGAUUUGCCACUCAAAAGAAAAAGGAAAAACUUAAAAAAGUUUAGGAAAGAUAACUAUGUAACUAGGUUUGCUGAGAAUGUAUAUAUACUCUCUUAGGCAAAUCAAACCCAAUAAUAGUUUGCUUAAUCAACUACAAUGAGAAAGUAUUUAAUACAUAAUCCAUAGAAAGACAAAGAGCUUUUGACAUAAGAGGGAGUUGCAGCUCACCCACAAAACCUUUAUAUCUCUCUAUCUUUUUGCUCAUCACACUUGAGCUAACAAAGGAGGUCUUCUAAUGUUGCCAUUAUAAUUCGAUGGAAAAGUAGUAAUCCUCCACCAGUCCAAUAACCAAUGAUCCUUGCGCUUCAUUAUUUUAUUCAUCUAAAAGCAAAAGCUCUUAUAUUCUUUAUCAUUGCUUUGACCC